AUGGAGAUCAAACACAAUCGUGUUAAACAGACAUUCACGAGAGAUUCGAAUUCUCUUUUCCAGGCGGUAUCUAAUAAAGAUACACGCAAGAAAAGCUCCGCCGAAAAUAGGAUAGCGGCAGUGCAUCAGUCGAUACAGAAUCAGCCGCCGUCGUCAGUUAAAGUGAAAAAGGAGCCGUCGAUCGAAAAUGCAAGGACGCCACGAAAGACGAUAAAAGUCAUCGACAUUGCAUCUGAAGUUGUUAAAAGGAAAAGGGGGAGAGUAGCAGUUGAUAAAGAAGAUGACGACGAAACGAUAGUAAUAGAUGAGGUGUACGUAAACGACGAUGGGGAAAAGUGA